CCUUUCAAAAUGUCCAUCCCCGCUCAAGACAACACACUCCAGAAGAUCCCCGAUCUGUACCUGGCACACCAUCGUUUCAUCGUCAACCAGGGACCAGUUGAACAACGUCAGAAUGCAAAGAACGAACUUCUCAAGGAAAUCGAGCAAAAGAACAUGGCCCCUUUUUACAAGUUCAUUGUAGAAGAGUUCAAGAUCCCUUUUGAUCAGCAACUAUACACUCGUAUGGAGGCUGCCAACAAGGAAGAACUCAAGAAGUUCGACGAAAAGGUUGUGGAUGCAGAACAGAAUCAAGGAGAAACUGAAAUCAAUGAAGCUUUGUUGGGAAAGGCUGAUUAUUAUUCUAGUAUUGGUGACAAGGAAAGUGCUCUCACAGGCUACAACAAUCUUUUGAACAAAUCCAUUACCUUGGGUACUCGUAUCGAUAUUGUCUUUGCUAUCGUUAGAAUUGGAUUUUUCUUUGAUGACUAUAACCUUGUACGCUCCAAGUUGGAUAAACUCAAGGAAUUGAUUGAGCAAGGUGGUGAUUGGGAUAGACGUAACCGUCUCAAGGCUUAUGAGGGUGUUUAUCUCAUGUCGAUCCGUGACUUCAAGGGAGCUGCUAGUCUUUUUAUUGACACUCUCAGCACAUUUACUAGCACUGAGAUGAUGUCUUAUCAAGACUUUGUCAAGUAUGCUGUUCUCACUAGUGUCAUUAGCAUGCAGCGUGUAGAUAUUAAAAAGAAGGUUUUAGAUGCACCCGAGAUUCUUGAGGUGAUUUCAGAUAUUCCUUAUCUGGAAGAUUUCAUGACCAGUCUUUACAACUGCAAUUACUCAGACUUUUUCCGCGCUCUUGCCAAUGUGGAAGAAACUCAUUUACGUACAUCCCGUUACCUUUACGCUCACAUGCGUUAUUACACACGCGAGAUGCGUAUUGUUGCUUAUGCCCAGCUUCUUGAAAGUUACCGUUCAUUGACCUUGGCAAGCAUGGCUCAGGCAUUUGGUGUAUCUGAGGACUUUAUUGAUCGUGAGCUGUACAAGUUUGUCGCUGCCGGUCGUUUGAACUGUGUGAUCGAUAAGGUUAAUGGUGUGAUCGAGACCAACCGCCCUGACGCAAAGAAUGCGCAAUACCAGACAGUAGUGAAGCAGGGAGAUUUGCUACUUAAUAGAGUACAGAAGUUGAGCAGAGUUAUCGAUGUCUAAGUGUAUAAAAAUGAAUUAAUGGAUAAAUAAAGAAAGAAAGAAAUAAAUAAAGAGAAAAUCAUUGAGAACAAUAAAGGACAAUUAAACCGUAUUUUUUUAAAAGAAACAU